GGAUCAGGGCCACAGCAGACCCUGAGCCCCUACGGAGUGAGAAGAGGCUGCAAGGGGAAGGGAGGGACAGAGAGGCAGAGAGAGGGGAGGAGGGGCGCCGGCCGCGCUGCUGUCCCCCCCACAGGGCCAGCUCAGAUUCGGCUCUAGGAGCAACUGAGCUGCGGAAGCCGCGGCAGCCCCUCUCCUCCCGCACCGGGCAGCGGGCAGACACGGAGACAGAGGCCCUGGGACGGGAAGUCCUCAGCUCCCAGCCACACAGCUGGGCCUGUCCCCCAUGGCUUUCAAUGACCUCCUGCAGCAGUUGGGGGGCGUCGGCCGCUUCCAGCAGAUCCAGGUCACCCUGGUGAUCCUCCCCCUGCUCGUGGUGUCCUCCCACAACACCCUCCAGAACUUCACCGCCGCCAUCCCCACCCACCACUGCCGCCCGCCCGUCAGCGCCAACCUCAGCGAGGACGCGGCGCUGGAGGCCUGGCUGCCCCUGGAUGAGCGGGGCCAGCCCGAGUCCUGCCUCCGCUUCGUCUCCCCACGACGGGGACCGCCCUUUCCCAAUGGCACAGAGGCCAAUGGCACGGCAGCCACAGAGCCCUGCACGGAUGGCUGGAUCUACAACAACAGCACCUUCCCUUCCACCAUCGUGACCGAGUGGGACCUCGUGUGCUCUCACAGGGCCUUACGCCAGCUGGCUCAGUCCUUGUACAUGGCAGGGGUGCUUCUCGGAGCCAUGGUGUUUGGGCGCCUGGCAGACAGGCUGGGCCGCCGGAAGGUGCUGAUCCUGAACCACCUGCAGACGGCUGUGUCAGCAACCUGUGCAGCCUUUGCUCCCACCUUCCCCAUCUACUGUGCCUUCCGGUUCCUCUUGGGCAUGUCGAUAUCCGGCAUCACCCUCAACAGCAUUACCCUAAAUGUGGAGUGGAUGCCCGUCCACACACUGGCUUUCGUGGGCGUCCUGAACAGCUAUGCCUACAGCCUGGGCCAGCUUCUCCUGGCCGGCCUGGCCUACGCCGUGCCCCACUGGCGCCACCUGCAGCUGCUGCUCUCCCUGCCUCUGUUCAUCUCCUUCACCUAUUCCUGGUUCUUCGUGGAGUCAGCCCGCUGGUGUUCCACCACCGGGAGGCUGGACCUCACUCUGAGCGCCCUACAGAAAGUGGCCCGGAUCAAUGGGAAGGGGGAUGAGGGGGCCAAGCUGAAUACAGAGGUCCUCCGGUCCAGUCUGCAGAAGGAGCUGACCAUGAGCAAAGGCCAGGCUUCGGCCAUAGAGCUGCUGCGCUGCCCCGCCUUGCGCCGCCUCUUCCUCUGCCUCUCCAUGCUGUGGUUUGCCACUAGCUUUGCCUACUACGGGCUGGUCAUGGACCUGCAAGGCUUCGGGGUCAGCAUCUACCUCAUCCAGGUCAUCUUCACAGCUGUGGACCUGCCUGCCAAGCUUGUGUGCUUCCUAGUCAUCAACUCCCUGGGCCGCCGGCCCACCCAGAUGGCCUCCCUGCUCCUGGCCGGCAUCUGCAUCCUGAUCAAUGGGGUGGUGCCCCAGGAUCAGUCCAUCGUCCGCACCUCCCUCUCUGCACUGGGGAAAGGCUGCCUGGCUUCGUCCUUCAUGUGCAUCUUCCUAUACACUGGGGAGCUGUACCCCACAAUGAUCCGACAGACAGGCCUGGGGAUGGGCAGCACCAUGGCCCGAGUGGGCAGCAUCGUGAGCCCGCUGGUGACCAUGAUGGCUGAGCUCUACCGCCCCCUGCCUCUCUUCGUCUUCGGCACUGUCCCUGUGGUUGCCAGUGCUGCCACUGCCUUCCUGCCGGAGACCCUGGGCCGUCCACUGCCGGACACGGUGCAAGACGUGGAAAACAGGAGGAGAGGGACGACCCAGCAACAGCGGCAAGAACAACAGAAGCAGAUGGUCCCACUCCAGCCCUCAGCACGGCGAAAGAGUGGACCCUGAGCGCCAAGAACAGGCCUCACAGAGCCCUAAAUAGAGCGGGGGUCCUCCAGGUCCCGGGCCACCCGCACAAGGAGGCAGAAGGGGAGAUGGCAGCCCAAGUGUCCAGGGCCGUGGUUCGGGGAAGCCCCUCCCCAGGGGUUCUCCUCUCUGAAGAGAGUCCACCAAGACCACAUCAUUAAAAUGUUUUUCUAUGUGCAGCAUCUCUCUCUGUCUGUCUCGUCUCAAAGGUGACAGCCACUCCACAUCAGCCAGCUUCCAGACCACCAGGCAGUACAGUCCAGGCCCUGCCCUCAGCCCCCAGGACUUUACAAACCACCCCAGACCUCACCCCUACCACCGCCCCCUCUGCCCCUGAACCGGGUCCACUGGCCAGUGCGUGUCUUUUGCACAGGCGUAAUCUUCAGAGCCUUGUCCUUGAGGGACACCCCCAGGAAAACGUCAGUGAUCUGAUUCCUUGACGGGCGGGGAGAAGACAGAUCUCCUCCAGGGACUCGAUCUUCGUGUCCUUGACCAGGAGGCCCAGCUUAGUGACAGGGACCUAAGCCUUGCCACCAUGAGCUCUGCAUCCCCAAUGGGGAACAGUCGUGACCCUGGCCGUGACCUCAGCCCCAAUGUCACUGCCAAAUCCUCCAUGGAAGCCGCCCUGGCCUCCCCUUUCCAUGGCCCUUUUCCUCGGAAAGAAAAAAAAAAAGCACUUCUGACCUGUGUCCCCAAGGAGUCAUCCCCGGGACACUGGCUCGCAUCCCAACCCCUCACUUCUGAACCUGAGUUCUGAUACUGUCACGCCUCAAUCCAGUGGCCUCAGAUGCUGUGUCCAAUUUUGGCCUCAAGAUCCUGUCCUCAGCCAGAGUUGGGAAGGCCUUUGUGACCACCCAUGGGCUCUCCUGACACAGCUCUGAGAGCGUCCUCCACCCUAGCAAUCUCGUCAAAUUCUCUUACCGUCCCUUGUCACCACCCAGAUGCACACCCGCUAUGGCCACUCUGUUCCGAGGCACGGAGCCAGCCCCAUGGCGGUUUUUCUCUUGGCUUUCCAAGCGCGUCAUCCCCCACUGGGCGCCUCCCUGCAGCCCUUGCGUCCCUGGCUGCUUUCCCCAUCUUCUCUCUCGGCUUUCCCUCCUUUCUCAGGUUUUUCCCUCUCCUCUAGCAUUUCCUCAUCUCCUGUCUUUCCCUCCUCUUCUCUCUUUCCCUCAUUUUCUAACUUUUGCUUGUCUUCCAGAGUCCAAGCUACUUCUGGCUUUUUCGUAUUCUGAGGCUGUUCAUUUUCCAUCUCCCUCGAUCCUAGACAAUCCUGUUUUCCCUGUAGAGUCUUUCCACGUUGAGAUGUCCUGUCUUUCCCCCCUGUCCUGCAUGAAUUCUGGACAGGGUCCUCCUCUCCUAGCCUUGCCAAGUGCUCACAAAAGCAGAUGCAGAGAGCUGGAAGGACGUGAAGCGACAAUCAGGACCUCAUGGGGGCUCAGGGUGCAGCCACAGCGAGCAAGGAGGGCAGGCGCCUGGACCUGAGUUGGUCAGGGUGUAGAUUUAGGAGGUAGACGGUGUUGAGUCUGCUGGGACAUCUGGAACUGCGGUAGCUGCCUGGUGACCCAACAGAGCAAGAACUAAGGCAACGACUGAGAUUAACCGCGGGAAGAUGGCACUAGCCUGCAGUUGGAUGAUGUCACGGAGCUCCUGAUUUAAUGGGGCCGCAGCCACCUGCCACUAAUUGUUAAUUUGGGGAAUUCAAAUUUAAAUCCUCCUUCUUCCUUAAGUCAUUGUGGUUUUUCUGUGAUCUGCAGCCAAAAACAUGUUAACUAAUUUACUCUACAGUUUCAUUGUAAUACAAUAAAUAAUUAGUUGUCCAUA